CUGCGUUGUUUUUUUCAAGAGCUCUGUCUCUUUAAGACAGGACGCGAAGUGGGGAGGAGAAGAAAAGCAGCCGUCCAGGUCCUGCAGUUUCCGGCAAUACGGGCCUUUUGCGGCAGCCUCCGUCGUCGCUGUCGCGUUGGCAAUAGCUGUUAAUCACUUUUGAAUACAACUACACUAGUGCAUGAAUGGCAACCGUGGAUGACCUUAAGUUUCAAGAAUUUGAUGAUGCAGCCAACUUGUUGGCAGCAAAUCCAGAUGCUGUCACAAUAAGCAUCGAUGAGCCUAGUGAGAAACCAAAGAAGAAGCAUGGACAUCGGCAAGACUCUGGGAGAGAAGAGGAUGACGAACUGUUGGGGACAGACGAUUCUGAUAAAACUGAGUUGCUUGCUGGACAGAAGAAAAGUGCCCCCUUCUGGACAUUUGAUUAUUACCAAACAUUUUUUGAUGUGGAUACAUACCAGGUCCUGGAUAGAAUCAAAGGUUCUGUUUUUCCAGUACCAGGGAAGAACUUUGUAAGACUGUACAUACGAAGUAAUCCUGACCUUUAUGGUCCUUUCUGGAUAUGUGCAACAUUAGUCUUUGCCAUUGCUAUUAGUGGCAAUCUUUCAAAAUUUUUCAUCCGUUUUGGUGACCCUUCUUACCUUUAUGUGCCUGAAUUCAGAAAAGUCUCCAUAGCUGCUACAGCUAUCUAUGCUUAUGCGUGGCUGGUUCCUCUGGCACUCUGGGGAUUCCUUAUGUGGAGAAACAACAAAGUUAUGAACAUUGUCUCCUACUCAUUUCUUGAGAUUGUGUGUGUUUACGGCUAUUCACUCUUCAUUUAUAUCCCAGCUGCGAUUUUGUGGAUCAUUCCACUGAAAGCUGUCCGGUGGGUUUUGGUGGCAUUUGCUCUGUGUCUUUCAGGAUCUGUUUUAGCAAUGACAUUUUGGCCUGCUGUUAGAGAUGAUAAUCGAAGGAUUGCAGUGGCUACCAUUGUGACAGUUGUACUACUCCAUGCCUUGCUUGCUGUUGGUUGCUUGGCCUACUUUUUUGAUGAUCCAGAAGUAGUUGCUUCUUCGCCUACUGUUACACUUCCACAUAAUUUAACAACAAAAGCUCAGUAAUUAAGAUACCUACAUCUUCAUCUGUGCAAUACUGUUUUAUUGGGGCUUUGCCACACUGAAAAGAAAAAGAGAAGACAAAAGCACUGGGGAAAUGUUAAUGAAACUGUCCGAAUUUAUAAUUUUGGACUUCCAAAUGGCCAAGUAGAAGUGGACUUGAAGUUAAAUCCUGCUCUGUACAGCUAAAGGUGAAAUACUGUCCCAUUCAGUGGAAUCAGUUUCAUCUGCAAGAUGAAAUUUUCUUGACUUAUGAUUUUUUUUAAAUCUUCAGCAUAAUUUACAUUUUAGUGUUUGUCAUUCAAUAAAAGAGACUGCAAAUACUACUAUUA